UCAUUAACGUCAAAUUCGGCGUCGUCUGGUAUAGGUUAUAAUAUUGUUGUAUUGUUGCAAUUAAUAAGAAAUAAAGCAUUAAUAAUGGCUAAGCAUCAUCCCGAUUUAAUUUUCUGCAGAAAACAACCUGGCGUGGCUAUUGGCCGAUUGUGUGAGAAAUGCGACGGUAAAUGCGUGAUAUGUGACUCGUACGUGCGGCCGUGCACGCUGGUCCGCAUUUGCGACGAGUGCAACUACGGUUCCUACCAGGGACGAUGCGUGAUUUGCGGCGGGCCCGGUGUUUCUGACGCGUAUUAUUGCAAAGAAUGCACUAUCCAGGAGAAAGACAGAGAUGGGUGUCCAAAGAUUGUGAACCUGGGAAGCUCAAAGACUGAUCUGUUCUACGAGAGAAAGAAGUAUGGCUUCAGGAGGCAUUAGUAGUAAUUGUGUGUAGGCUAUUUGUAAUGAAUGUGUGAUUUGGUCUGCAAAUGGGAUUUAAUUUAGGUCCAGUUUAACAUAACCAUUACUAUGAAAUUGUAACAUUUUUUUAAAUAAUUGGUCUUCUGUGUAAGUUUCAUAGUAGGUACUAUUUAACCUUUUGAGUGACAGUCAAUCAAAUUUCAAAUUUGAUUAAUUAGAAUAAGCCCAAAUUCCAAUGACUCAAAAAAACAGUUUGGCACCCGAGGAGUUAAGGUUGGUACAACAAGUACAAACAGGCAAGCAUUAUCCAUCCUUUUCGCACUAUUAGUAAGUGUGAUAGGGACACACCAAUGUGAUAAAGUUUAUGACACUAGUGUGCUACACCCUGCAGAUUUAACUUGAAGAUCUAUGUACAAAUUUUGUUUGAAAUGAUCAUUUGCUUUUCUGACAAAAUCUGUAUCUUAAAAAGACAUUAUUUUGGACGCUAACUUCCCCAGUGACAUUUAAGUAUUUAGUUCCAUAUCUUUAAUAAUCCACUUUUGUAUACAGAAAAACUGUUAUUACCAUUCGACAUAAUUAUUCCAUGAAGGGCUUGAAAGACCAGUGGCCCAUUUCUCAAAACUAAAAGUUACAAGCAGAAGUCUCUUUCCAACUUGUCAUAUAUUAGUUAGACAUUGAAAACUACUUGUAAAUUGUGUUGCUUAAUUUCAAAAC